AUGCCGCCGAGGCAGCACACCGGGGCGAGCCUCGCCUUUCUCAUACUCAUGAUAUGGCUUCUCAUGCCCAUGGGUGACAUGGGCGGGCAGACCGGUCCUCUGCUCUCCGUGAUUGCCGGGCGCCGACUGGCCAGGCACCGUGCCGCACUCGAAGCGCUCAACGGCACCCAGUGGGGGGACUUUGCGCCGAACGCACCGGAGGCGUCGUCCUUUGUCAACAUUACAGGCUUCAGAGAAGUGGACGGGCUUGCGUGGGAGGACCUCGACCGAUUCAGGGACAAGAGCCUACAGCUAAGCCGGCACGCGGUGGCCUCCUCCGCGCCUACGGGCGAGUCGCCAUCGCUCUGGGACACGGCCGACGGCGAGCCGGUCUGGACGACGGCGUCCGGUAACCUCGAAGGCGACUGGGUAUACCGCCCCGGAAGUGUAUCGCGGAGCUAUGCGAGCUAUAAUCUCAGCAACAGCGUCCCCGAGAUCGACUGGAUCGGUGAUCGCGUCGGCUGGGGCCGCAACAUGACGGGCAGUGCCGGCCGCAUGCACCUGCACCUCGAGGGAAACAAGACGACGACGGUAUAUGAGCAGCUGCCACGCGACAGCGCGUCGUCGCUGCCGCUGUCGGGUGGACUCAUUCGCAGCGUCCGUGGCGCGCUGUCGGUCGAGGACACGGCUGGCUCGCAAUCGACGUGGGAGAUGCGCCUCUGGGGCGUUCACUGGCCGCGGCAGGGCGUUGUGCUUAUGACGACGACGAGCGAGAAGUUUGAGGGCAUCUUUGGCCUACCGCACCUGACGCCGGGCCCGGACUUUUUCCAAUCCAGCAAGGCGCUGCUGACGCAACGUCUCAACAAGGUCCUCGAGGCCAAAGAAAACAACGUCUACAGCGACCAGACGGUUCCGUGGAGCUCCGAGGCCCAGAGCCACCCACAGUUCCUUCUCAGCCCCGCGCCGCAGUGCGAGUACGUGCUCUAUGCCCAGGUGCACCCCCCGGAUCGGGACCGUCUGAGUGCCGGCGACGGCGUUGUGGAUAACUUGGAGGCGACGCGGCUCAUCGCUGCGAUCGAGGAGGAGCUGGCAUCACCACAAGGCGCGCCCAUCGGCCACGUCCCCGCGCUGCGCAUGUCGGCGGUCGUCUACUCGCCCGACUGCGCCUUCUUCCUCGAGUCGAAAGGCCCGCCCGAAUACCCGCCCGGCGAGGCCAACCACCUCACGGGCGUCAAGGCCGAGGUGCAGACGCACCUUGUGCGCGCGUGGCUGCUCGUCUUUGCCUGCCUCGUCUUUGGUCAGGUUUAUCUCCUCAAGAACCAGAUGCGCGAGACGUGUACGCCGUCAACCAUGGGCCGCGUCAGCUUCGGCACGGUCGGCGCCAUGGUCAUGGUCGACGGCAUCACCUUCACCGCCGCCGCGACGUGGGUGUCGUCGGCCCGCGCGAGCUUCCUGCCGACCCUAGCGCUCAUGUUCGCGGCCUUCCUGUCCAUGACGAUUGGCGGUAGCUUCCUCGCCAAGAUCUAUGAGGUCCAGUUCCCGGAGAACAACCCGCGCCCGGAAGCGUCGUCCGCCAACAAUACUAAUGCCAACACAAAUACCAACACCGCUAUGCCCUCUCCCGCACCGUCGGCGGCUAACCUCCCGUCGUCGGUGUCCCUUCUCCCCGGCCCCGUCACAGCCACUGGCCGCGUUGGCGGCAUCAUCCCUCCUUCCCAACCCGUAUUCGUGCCCUUCGAUGGCGACGUCGAAGCCGACGUGACCGACGGCGCCUCCGCCCUCCCCAUCCGCACUGCCGCCUCACCGGCGGCCACCACGCCGCCGCGGCCCAACUUCCAGGCCAUCAUCGGCCGCUUUAUACUCAUCAGCCUCGUCUUCAGCUUCGUCACGCUCUCCUCGCCGACGUGGUACCCGUCCGCGCGCGCCGUCUACCUCGACCUCUGCGCGCUCGCCUACCUCUCGCUCUGGCUGCCGCAGAUCCGGCGCAACGCGCUCCGCAACUGCCGCCGCGCCCUCGCCUGGCCCUUCGUCCUCGGCCAGUCGCUGCUGCGUGCCGCGCCCCUCGCCUACUUUUGGCUCUGGCCCGGCAACUUCCUCUUUGCGCGCACCAGCCCGCGCUCCUUUGCCGCCCUCGCCGCCUGGCUCUGGCUCCAGCUCGUCGUCCUCGCCGCGCAGGACGUCCUCGGCCCGCGCUUCGCCGUGCCCGCGGGCUGGCUCCCCGCCGCGUGGGACUACCACCCCGUCCUGCGAGAGGACAACCUCGAGGCCGGCGGCCUGCCAAUCGGGCUGCUGGCCGUCGACGACGAGGCGGGCCCCGCGCCAGAUGGGAGCGCGCGGCGCCGGCGAAGCAGCAGUGCUGCUGCGGCGACGGCGGGGGAAAAGGCAAAGAGGGCUGGUGGCAGCAGUGCGCGGCACGUCAUUGACUGCUCCAUCUGUCAGGAGAUUCUCGAGGUGCCCGUCGUCCGCGCUGGUGGGGACGAAGAUGGGAGUGGAAGCGGCGUCGGCGUGGCGAACGUGUUUGCGCGGCGCAUGUACAUGGUCACGCCGUGCCGGCACAUCUUCCACACGGCGUGCCUGGAGAGCUGGAUGAAGUUUCGGUUGCAGUGCCCGAUAUGCAGAGAGGACCUGCCCCCUUUGUAA